UAUAAUAAUAUGCCGUACAUUUCACCCAGUUUCGACUGGGUCGUGAUAGCCGGCGAGCGUGUUUGACGCCGCACAUUCCAACCGACCGUUGGAAAGACAACAUGUGCAUGGUUACGAUCGAUUUAUUCGCGUAAUAAAAUCCCCCGCUAAGAAGAACCUAUUAAUAACAACACAGUAAUCAUCGGUGUACCGGAAUGAUGACUUUCUGUAGUGACUAGUGAUUGUUCUCAAUGAUCAGUGAAUGUUUUGUGCGUUGAAUCGGAUUUUAAUCUACCGAUGGCGUAGAAAACCAGUCGGAGACACCCAACACAAAUGCUAUUGAACAACCUAAUGGAAGGAGAGUCGGUGACAACGAAAACCCUAAUAUCUUCAAUCAAGAAGUUUAAUACGGACGAAAAGGAACACGGCACCAUAAAAGCCCUCCUAAAAAACUUCAUCUUACCCGACACAGACAUGGCUAUAAAACAGAAACAAAGCUUAAGCGACAAAUGUGUUUACUCCGUUCCAAUUAAACCCUCUAUAUCACCUUCAAGUGCAAGGAAACAAACGAUCAAUGAGGCUAAACAAGCUUUCUUAAACGCCACUGUUGACUCAACAAUUUCGCACGCAAAGGAACCAAUGAAAGAACCGAUCUUGCAUUACGCUCAAAUAGCAACUGUUACAGAAAGUGACGACACAAGAAGCACUGGUGGAGGAAAGGAAUCGCAAUUAAUACACAAAAUUAAAACUAGAUCAACCACACUACCGAUAGAUAUCCCAAAAAAUAACAAGAAAAUGGUCGAACAGCAACACAGAAAAGUGAGUUUCAAAAUAAAGAACGCAUCCGCUGCAUACAGACGUCCGCCAUUAAUUUCGAAAACAACAAUGACAAUCACCAGUAGUAAAGUAUCGGAAUUAACGAAAAAGUUUAAUAAUUUAAUGAUUGAUGGGUCGAACGGAUCAGUCAAACAGUCAAAGUUAGUAAGAACGAUAGAAAGUCUACAAACAGUAUCUCGGUGUUCUGCCAGCAACAGUUCCACGCCUUCAUCCACUCUCAGUUCCAGUCCUAAUAUUAAAAUAGUUUUACGACAUAGAAAAGGCUCCAAAAGACGUGGAAAUAGAAAAAGGUGUUCAAGCGUAGAUUCCAUUGAUAAAUCAAUUUUAUCGGAGGGAUCUGUGGCUAAAAUUCGCGUUAUACGUUCCAAAUCAGAUGGUACUAAAAUUCCGAAGUCGCCUAAAAAACGAUUAAAAUAUCAAGACUCUAGUGAACAACCAAGUGGCUCUGAUUCUGUUGAUGGCAGUCCGACCAAACCAAAAGUAAUUGAAUCUCCUAAGCAAAGUUCAAAUCAUAUACAAGCGGAAACUAAUGCUGUCAAGGACGUUAUCAAAAUGUUUGAAAAUGAAAUAAGUGCCCAGGCUAUUAGUACCGUUAUUAAAAAACAAAAUAAUCAAGUUUCAAAUAUUAUACCCAUAAAAGAAAAACCAAAAGUACCUGAAAAGAAAUCUUCGUUAGUGUUAACAAAAAAUUUAGUAUUAAAGGAUGGUGUCCCUAAAAUAAGAAGUAUCAAAAGCAUUUCUAGUGAAAGUAAUAAUAAUCCUAACGAACACAACAUUAGUAAAGAGCAAGACAUUCCAAAAAAGAAAGAACCUAUGUACGAAAAGAAAAAAUUCAAAACAAAUUAUAUUCAUUCCGAAAAACUACCAUUGCAUCUAGUUGAAAUAAUACAAGAAGAUGCAAAUGAAACUUCUAUUAGUAAUUUAGCAGAGCAUAUACCCAGUGAAGUGGUGGCGCCGGAGCAAAUAACUGUAAAAAGCUUAGAAGAGGAAAACUUAUAUCAAGAUCUUGAUACUCAAAUGACACCAAAUGAUUCAUUUCUAUGGCGUAGAAAAAGCACACAGAUUUCUUCUGAAAAUGAUAAAUCUACUUCUGAAAGUACUUAUGGGUUUGUUACUGUGAUAAUAAACGAAAACACGAUAACCUGUAGUGAUUAUAAUAGUAAUAAAUACCCUCAACUAGAGCAAUCUCAUGGAGAAAAAGUUGAUGAAUCUCAAGAUAAAAGUGAAACUCCUAAUAUUGUAGUUGAUCAAAACUCAGAUUUUGAAAGUAAUUUAAUAGAAGCUUGCAAUAAAGAAGUACUUAUAGGCUAUACAUCAAAGGCGAUGAGUAAAACAGUUAUUGAAGACGAUUAUGAACCUUUAGAACCUCGUGAUACCGAAAAUGUUGUAGUUAUAUCGGUUAAAAGUGACAGAACUUCGAAAAUUAACUGUCCCUUACCAGAAAUACCUAAAGAAGUAGAAAAAGUAAAAACAAACGGUGAAAAUAUUUAUCAAUGUCUUUUAGAAAUGCGGUCACAUCCUGAAGGGGACGAGAGUAGUCUUCAUAACUAUGAGCUCUGUGGCCAACUAGAGGAAAGAACACGCGGCGACGGUGACAGCGAUGAUGGUUAUGAAUAUUGCAAAUCACCAAUCAAACCGUACUGCCUUACAUCAAGUUCGGGAAUACAAAUUGCUGAACACUACAACCCCUACAUUUCUAGUUCCAACAACAAAAAUUACUCAAUCUCAAAAUCUGUCAGUGGAACGUCCACAGUUAGUUACGAGAAAAUUGGCACAGACAGAAUUUACGAAAAAAUACCACCUAGGCCACCGAAGUCCAAAGACAGCAGCCCGAAUUACAACAGGCAUUCUUUUGUAUCCUCGGAUUACACUGGCUACAAUGAUAGUGAGAAUAUCUAUGACACCAUAAAACAUGGAGAUCGUACGUCGCUAUCCCACUGCUAUGAAAGUAUACCUAAUAGUCCAAGCUUGGUCAAAAUGAGGAAUAAUUUGAAGAAACAGCUGACUUCUGCUGUCCAAAAACGAUUGUCGUUCGAUAACGUUUCGAACAUCAGUCAAUCUACGUUAUCCAGUGAGCAAAAAACAAAUAGUAUUUACGGGCAAAGGUCUGUGAUAAGUUACAAUGGACAAGAGAUAGCGUUUCAAGUACCGAGUAGUGAGACGAGCGUGAGCGACAGGAGUGACAGAAGUGACGAUUGGGUCGAUGUAUCGGAUGAGGAAAAAACUGAAGAGAAGAAAAUAAUUAUAGUGCGCGAGAGAAGUCGAAAAAGUCCGGUGAGCUGGUCGCAGAAAGUUAGACAUCAGUGGCAGAAUUCACCGAAACAAAGUGACAAUAAAGAAUGUGAUAGCAGCGACUCUGGCCACUUCUACGAGUCCCUCGAACCAGCGGCACCGCACCUGCCGCUGCCGCCAGUGCCGCCCAUCCCGCUUGAGGACGACUUCGACUCCUUCGACAGCGACAGCGAUACCGAUGACCAUGACAAGACUUUACAACCGCAAUCGCCCCCCGCGCUGCCAGCGUCGAGGCUUCCCAACCCUCCCAUCGGUGGGGGGCCCUACACGCUCACGAAGAUUGCGAAUGCCGCUCAACGCAAGAUGCGCCAGAUCAAACGGAAUCUCACUAAGCGAUAUUCUGUUGCAAUGGACGGCAAACCGUUCACCAAGUCAUCGGGCAACCAAAAUGGGACUUACGACGUGCCGAAGAACCAUCCGAAAACCAAGUCACCCAAUAUAUACGCCAACUACGAAAAACCCGAAAUCCAGCACGUUUAUUCCAAUGUCAACUUUAAUGACACAAAGAAUGCACUGAAUAAGGCUGAGAAUCCCUUGGCAAAGAUGACUGGUACUUUUAAGGAGGAGCUUAAAACUGUGAUAGGGGAAAAGGGGGGUAUUAAGACCGGGGUAAUGGACCGAGGGGUUAAUAAAUCUGGAGUAGAGAAAACAAUUACUAAGGCUGCAGCGGAGAAAGGGGUUAAUAGGUCCAGCUUAGGCGAAAAAAGGAAUAGCAAUGGCGAUGUCCCUCCCCCUUUACCAGACAAGCCUCCCCCAGAGAAGCCCACGACGCCCACUAGUGAUACCAAGAGCAGUGGGACGCUAUCCAGGAAGGCAUACUUCUCCUUCAAGUCGAGGUUCCGGCGAGCGACAUCUAUGGCAGUGGACAUCAACUCAGACGUUCCCAGCGCGUUGAAGAUUACCAACUCCACGUUCUAUUUGACCGACUCUAUGGACGGCGAUUCGGGGUUUAGCAACUGCAGCGACAACGGUGCAACGGAGACGCUGUCCCCUUCGAACCGACGUCGCGACGGUACGCUCCGUGCAUGGUCCGAGUCCUCCCCAUGCCUGGCGCUCGAGCGGCCCACGCUGCCGCCACCGCCGCCUCCCAUACACACUGACCUUAGCGCUGUGAACGAAGAACUAAAGCGGCUGUUACCGACGCUGUCGCGGAAAGAGAAGGGCGCGCGCACACGCACGUCGUGGUACGCAGAGUGCGGCGCGGACGCUGCGCCGGCGCAGACCUCCACCUCCUCCUGGUACGCGGAAGCCGGCUUGUACCAAGCGGGGAAUAUCUCCUCAUCAUCAGGCGCAUCCUCGGGAUCGCACCCUGCGUCUCCCUUACCACACUCGCUGUUCACUCACGAGCCCCUCUACCAGUUCUACAACGCCGCUAAAGUUGAGUCGGCGUGCCGCGAGACCGGCGACUCGGACUCGGACGCGUACGAGGUGGGCGGGGGCUCCAUCGGCAGCACCAGCACCACGUCAUCGCGGCCCUCCGCCAUGGCCCUGGUGGCGCCGCGCGGACCGGCCCGCACCUUGUGGUGCGAGGUGCCGGAGGUCGUCAACUCCUCCGUGCUCAGUUCCCUGGCACCAGCCCAGAAGAAGCUCCAAGAGGCGAAGUUCGAGCUGCUAACGUCAGAAGCCUCAUACCUCAACUCGCUAAGCGUGUUGGAGGCACACUUUAUCUCACACCCCGCAUUCCGCGACCCCCACGUGCUCCCACGCGAGGAUUGGGAGACGUUGUGCUCGACUAUACUACCAGUGCGGAAGUGCUCGCAACUCCUGAUGACUGAGCUGGAGCGCUGCUGGCAGGAAAACAUCCUCCUGCACGGCAUCUGCGACAUCGUGCAGCGACACGCGCAGGCGCGGUUCCACGCAUACGUCAAGUAUUGUGAGAACCAACCGCUUAUGAUCAAGACACUGCAGCGCUUGAGGGAGCGGCCGGCGUUCGCUGCAGCGCUUAAGAGGCUAGAAAGUCAUCCGGCGUGCCAGAGUCUGUCACUGCACUCGUUCCUAAUGCUACCGAUGCAGAGGAUAACCCGCCUGCCCUUACUUUUGGACGCGGUGUUGCGGAACCUGUCCUCGGAGGACCACGAGUACGAUGGCUGCAUGCACGCUCUAGCAACACUUAACGACUUCGUAUCGCAAUGUAACGAGGGUGCUCGCAACACGGAGCGGGUCGAGGAGCUGUGGCGAGUGGCGAGCGACAUACACGUCCCCCCCGCGCUCAGACACGCGCCCGACCUUGGCCCUGCGCUUUCUAGACGAGAUCGGAGACCGAUUCGCUGGCUGGUCCGCUCAGGCGAGAUGACGCAACUGCUAUGGAAGACGGACGAGUUGAAGCUGACUUUCGGCAAGAAGUUCCACAAAGUUCCACUGCACCUGUUCCUCUUCAACGACCACCUCGUCAUCACCAAGAAGAAGGGGGAGGAAUGCUACGUGGCGAUCGAUCACUGCCCCCGGUCGCUAGUGGAGGUCUGUUCUAGCGACGCCGCGGCGGGCGCGAAACAUACCUUGUUACUGACGCUGUUAGAAAACCACGAGGGAAGAACGGUCGAGAUGCUAAUGUCCUGCCCAACGGAGACGGACGCGCGUCGCUGGGCCGAAGCCCUGGCGCCGCCGGCCGCGGACGCAGGGGAGACCCUGUACGCGGGCUGGGACUGUCCGCAAGUGGCUGCGCUGUACGCCUACGCGCCCACGCAACCCGAUGAACUAGCGCUAGCCGAGGGAGACAUUGUUAACGUCACGCGGAAGACUAGCGAAGGUUGGUACUACGGAGAGAGGACACGCGAUGGCGAAGCAGGUUGGUUCCCAGGCGCGUACACGGCAGAGAUCGCGUCACCGCACGUGCGAGCGCGCAACUUGCGACAGCGGUACCGACUGCUGGCGCUCUCGGCGACUUACCUCGGGCAGCGACGAAAACCCGUCUGAUUCCACUUCCCUCUCAGCACUAUGCGUACCAAACCCUAAUGGUACUGUUUUUUAGCCUCAGCCAUCUAGCCACGAUGCAAACCGAACUUUAACCAGUAUAAAUUCCAACCAGACUCCUCCCAAAUACCAAGGAGAAAUGGCAUAAAAAAAGAAGCCUCCACUGUGUUAUCUCUGAACUCUAGAAUCUCAAUACAACAAACAUAAUGUAAAAAAAUCAUGUCAAAUUCUAAUACCCUUCUGAUUCUUAUCCAUCAAUAAACAAUGCAAACAGUACUCUUCCUUAACCAUGUAACCUACUCUAAAUUCCUUAACUUUUCCCUGUAAUUCUUGAUACUGGUCACUUCUUAAACUCUUUUAUUCCUUUCCUCCAAAAUUCUGAUAACUUAUUCCCACUCGAACAUUAACCUUUUAAGCUCGAAUACUGUUUUGUAUAUGUUUGUAAUUGAGUGAAAUUACUGAGUAUAUUAAUACGAUGUACGACGCGUUCACGUAACGGAACGGUGAUGUAUUAAUUCAAGAUGAGAUGCAGCUAAAAGCGUAUGAGUGUGGACAAAUAUUGAAGAAAUACAAUAAAAAUGUCCGUCCAGACAUUGCCUUUUUAGUCGAUAAGGUUAUUAAAUGUUUAAGAUGUGUUUUGUCUCGACAACCGCCACUUGUUUUUAGACGUUGCACCGGCGAUCACGUAGAAUUUAAAAUCGGUGCUUUUUUGAAAAUCUUUAUAAGUGAAAUGUAUUUUAUUUUUAUUGUACGCUAAGGAUGUUUAUCUAUAUUCUGACGGUAUUCUGUCUAGAUAUUAUGUGUAACUAUUUUUUUUUAAUUUAGAAGUUGCUUUAUGCGUAAUGCAGUUCGAGCUGCUUGGUCAAAAGCGGUCAAACCGUUGGCUUAUGAUGCGUUACACUGGUCCAACGACUAGCGUUAAAUAACCAACGAUCGUUGGUAAUAACCGCCUAUAUGAAUGGCCUCUAUUAUAUAAUAUCUGCAUCCCGCCUAUAUAAUAUCUGCAUAACUGAAAAUAUAAACUGUGUAAGACCUUAACAAUUUCUUAAUAAUAUUAUUGUAAUAAAAAUCUUGGAAUUAUUACAUAGUUUUGGUCUUAGGGAUUGCUUGACCUUGACAAUUUAUAUCCGAUCGGUGGUCCAGGGUGAACGCAUUACUGUAUUUUAUAUUUCUAGACAGCUACUCUGCCGUGCUAAUAAAAAAAAACAGUAUGACUUUUUUUUAAACUGAGUUUCAGACCUACGUUUUUUCGGAAACCAGAAACGCAAAGACAUAGAAAUAAAUAAAUACGACAAAGCGCCUUUUGCAGAUACAGGAAGUCUAAAACUUUUUAGCAUAAUGUCCAUAAUUCGUCUUUUUUAUUAGCGCAGCAGUAUUUUAUUAUAAUCUGAAAUCAAAUGCUAUAGAGUAGGUGCCUGUAAGUGUUUAUGUUAGGCUUGUGUUCGUGAAAUGUACAGUUACGUAUGAGAUUCACAGAAAUUUAUUGUACAGAAAGAUUGUUUUUGAAAAAAGAUACCAUUAAGUGUUAAUUAUAGAAAUGUUCUAAGACAAUAUAAUAAUUUAAGAUUUU